CACCCUCUGAUGAUGCAUUACUAAUGCAUGAGAACUGUACUUUCUUCAUGAGAACCCGAAAUAUAGCGACAAAAAAUGGUUCUUCCACCUCCAGACAAGCGUCAUGUGUGUCUUACAACAAUAGUUAUUAUGACCAGCAUGGCCUUUAUGGAUGCAUAUCUUGUGGAGCAAAACCAAGGCCCGAGGAAGAUUGGAGUAUGCAUCAUCGUGCUGGUUGGAGACAUUUGUUUUUUAAUCGUUCUGCGCUAUGUGGCUGUCUGGGUCGGAGCUGAAGUAAAAACAGCCAAGCGAGGAUAUGCAAUGAUUUUGUGGUUUCUGUACAUAUUUGUUUUGGAAAUUAAAUUAUAUUUUAUAUUUCAGAAUUACAAAGCUGAUAAGAAAAAUGUAGAUACUGUAGCUAGAAAGGCACUGACGUUACUCUUAUCCAUCUCCGUCCCAGGAUUAUACUUGGUUCUGGUGUCACUAGACAGCAUGGAGUAUGUAAGGACAUUCAGGAAAAAGGAAGAUCUGAGGGGUCGUCUCUUUUGGGUUGCUCUUGAUUUACUUGACAUUUUAGAUAUUCAAGCUAACUUGUGGGAGCCGCAUAAAACAGGACUUCCCAUCUGGGCAGAAGGACUCAUGUUUUUUUACUGCUACAUCUUACUUCUGAUUUUACCUUGCGUCUCUUUGAGUGAAAUAAGCAUGCAAGGGGAGCACAUUGCUCCUCAGAAGAUGAUGCUUUAUCCCGUCCUAAGUUUGGUGUCCAUCAACAUUGUUACUAUUUUUAUUAGGGUGGUCAACAUGAUUUUAUUUCAGGACAGUCGAGUUUCUACCAUCUUCAUCGGCAAAAAUAUUAUUGCAAUAUCCACUAAGGUCUGCACUUUCUUGGAAUACAAAAAGCAAGUUAAGGAAUUUCCGCAAAAUACUAUUGCGUUAGAACUACAGCAGAAUUCAAUUUCACACAAUCAGACAAUUCACAAUACACAAGGAAUCAACCACGAGCAGUCUCCUUCUAGGGAAACUAUGGAUACAUGA